GUCCAACAGGCCGGCCAGGUGAUGUUAUUUCAGUCUUGCCAGUCUUCCACUCAGUUGGCUUCGUCCUUUGUCCAAGCGUAACGCUUGACAGAAUCACCCGUUGAUGAAGCCGCCUUCCUACGCGGAGGCAACGCUCCGUCCACCGCCUCCAGCCACCUCCCAGACGCCCUCCGAGGCGCCGCCAUCCUACGAAGAGACAAGUGAGUCCCAAUUCCUGGUGCCCAUCAACGCCGCUCCAGGUCGCGUCGUGACAACCACCCACACGUCUCAAGUCUUCACCCGUCAACCAAGAGAGGGAACUCUCCAACCGGGUCCAAUUUCCAUCUUGGGCUCGCCCAUUGUAACGUCUCAAGUCUCCUACUAUCACUCAGGCGUUGUCAAUGUCCAGCCGGAUCCCUUUCCCGUCUUGAGGACGCCCAUCGUCACCACCGCCGACACGUCGCGAGUCUUUAUCCAUCCACCCGUUGAGGUGGGCCAGCGGAGACACCAAGCACGCCGCGGCGGCGGUGCGCACGCAGCGCCGGUGCAAGUGGUGGUGGUGACGCAGCCGCAACCACAACAGACCAUCUCCAUCACCCGACUGAGGAACCAUCCCGGUUAUGUGCGAUGUUCAAAGUGUCAUUACAAGGUCACCACCGUAAAAGUCCUGUGUCCCUCGUCGUGCUCCUUCUUCGCGUGUAUCAUGAUCCUCGUCGGAUGCUUCUUCUGCGGCUGCUGCCUGAUUCCGUUUUGCAUUCCCAGCUGCUGGAAUGUGUACCACUACUGUCCUCGUUGCCGCAAAUGUAUUUACGUGUACGACAGGGGGGGCUACGGCCCUUAGCCUGCGUGUGCUCAUUUAUUGAUGAUUGAUUGCUAUUUUUUUUUUCCCCCAAAAGUAUUUUAAGUUUUUAUGUGCCUAAUAUUUCAAUUAACAAUCAUCAUUAGAAUUUCUAGAAUGAACAUCGAUAACGAAUCAUGCAGAUUUACACAAUGCUGAUUUUUUGAGCUUUUUUUAAUUGCUUAAUCUUUAUUUCCAUUCCAAGCAAUAUAUUUGCUAUUGUUAUUUAACCGUUUUAGGGAAAAAAUAGUAGCUUGCUUUCUGUUGUUUUUAAAUUAUAUUGUAUUUUUUAAUUUAAAAUAAUGCCUGUAAAUUGACCAAUAAAUCUUUUUUUGUUUUGUACAAUACAAAG